AUGCAGUACAAGGUGAUUGAAUUCGUGUUGUUCCUUGUGUGUGGAUUGUGCAACGCAGACAUCCGAUGCUUUCCUAAUGGCACCAUAGUGGUUCCUAAUCCCGGUGGCCGAUUCAACAAGGUAGAUGUGAAUUCAACGACGUGUCGUCUGCGAGAGCUCAAGGUGAACGAGGAGGUCUGGCUCGACAACUGUCAAAUGGACGCUAAUCACACGGUGACAUUCUUGAAACUUGUGGAGCCGGGUAUUCUCACGGGCGAUCUCAUUCAGUCUUUCGUCUGCAAACAGAUCCCGGAAGAGGGCGUCAUUCUUAACGUCAGUGUGGGCAUCAAAGUAACGGAGGACCCAUCGAUACCCACAAAGGAGCAGGUGUUGGAUAACGGAGUCCGCAUAAUAACGCGUCUUGGGGAAAACACUUCCGGUGCAAAGGUUCCCGCACAAGACGCUAGAAAGAUCGUCUGGGACAUACAGAUAGCGGAAUUCCGGAUCAUACCGGAAGUGUGCAGCUACAUGUCUAAAAGCGGCCCCGUGAUCCUGCUUCAGAACGGAUGCAGCAAGGCUUCCGGUCAGGUGUCGAACUUUGUUACCGGUGCCAGCGGCGGCUUUCUGUGGGUAUUUCCGGCCAGUUUCAGCGACCGAGCCUCCAAUGACGUCGCUAUAGUAUGUUCCGUAAGGGUGUGUCUUCCCAGUGACUCAGAUAACUGCAAUGCGAAUUGCGAAGCAAACAGAAACAAUAACCGGCGUCGACGCCGAAAUACGCAGAAACGAUCCACCUUCGGUCUGAGGUCAGAGGUCGCCAUCCUCACGAUCCAGUUUGAUACGCCGGAAGUGACGUCACUCGUUAGAAAUUCGCAGUGUCCGAUGGUGACACCGACCUUGUGGAUGAUAACGCCGUUGAUAUUUCUUGUUAUGGUUGUGCUGCAGCAUUUACAAAUUGACUGUGACUUACAUAUGCAAGAACUAGAUUGAAUAACCCUGCAAACUAAAUAUAUAGCCUGUAUUUAUAAUGUAAAUAUUGUACAUAACGAGUUACUAAUUGCUAUUCGUCAGGUAUACUAAUUGGUACGAUUGUUAAGCUUCAUCCCUAGCCAUGAUCGAUCUGCUUGGUAGGAUAGAUAUUCAUAUGUAUUAUACAUUAUAUAUUACCACAUUUUGUAGUACGUCGUCACCGACUGGCUCAUGUUUCUUUUCGAGUGUGCCUGAUGGGAACGAACGUCAUU